AUGUCUAUUGGAGUGCAAGAUAGUUCACACAACCCGAUCUAUGAAAGUCAAACCCUCCAGCAUGGAAAUCAGCCUUCACCGUCAUCUGAGUCGUCUUCCCAAAACACCGAAGAAAAAUGGAACCACCCACGAUCUAAUAUCGCAAAGACACUGGCAACAUUCUGGAGCUUCCUAAUAAUGGGAGCAAACGACUCCGCAUACGGUCCACUCCUCCCAUAUCUCGAAACCUACUAUAACCUCUCCUACACAAUCGUCUCCCUCGUCUUCCUCUCUCCACUAAUCGGCUACGCCACCGCCGCAAUCGUGAACGAGCGAGCACACUGUGCUAUCGGCCGACGAGGCGUGGCCUUCAUCUCAUCUUUGUGCCACCUAAUAGCCUAUAUCUUGAACUGUGUGCAUCCACCAUUCCCCGUCCUCGUUGUAUCAUUCAUAUUCGCAGGGUUGGGAAAUGGCCUCGCGGACUCGGCAUGGAAUGCCUGGAUUGGAAACCUCAAUAAUGCGAAUCAAUUACUCGGUCUGCUUCAUGGGUCUUAUGGUGCAGGUGCUGUUAUCAGCCCUCUCAUUGCAUCACUGCUUGUUGCGGAUGCUGGUUUGCCAUGGUAUUAUUUUUAUUACAUCAUGAUUGGAGGCGCUACAAUUGAGGUUUUCGUCUGCGUUUCGUGUUUCUGGGAUUCCACAGGAGCGUCGUUCCAACUCGCUAAGAAACAACAGCCCGGCGAUACAUCCGAGGAAGCAGGCUUGCGCAGAGUCUUAUCCACAAUGCCCUCUGCGCGAAUUACUUGGACCUGCUCGAUCUUCUUACUUGGAUAUGUUGGCGUCGAAGUAGCGCUAGGAGGGUGGGUUGUGACAUUCAUGAAGGAAGUGCGACAUGCCGCACCGUUCUCUAGCAGCAUGACGUCUACAGGAUUUUGGCUCGGGAUAACCCUUGGACGGGUUGUUCUUGGAUUCGUGACGCCUUUGAUUGGUGAGAAGAUUGCCAUCUCGGUCUAUAUCUCUCUCGAGAUAGCAUUUUGCCUCGUUUUAUACCUUGUUCCGAACUUCUACGCUGGCGCAGUCGCUAUAUCACUGCAGGGUUUCUUUCUGGGUCCGUUAUUCCCGGCGGUUGUGAUUGUUACCACGAAACUCUUGCCAAGGCACUUGCAUGUGAGCGCGAUUGGGUUUGCGGCAGCCUUUGGUGGUGGUGGCGCAGCUGUUCUUCCGUUUAUUGUUGGUGUACUUGCGCAGGCUAAGGGCGUAGAGGUUUUGAUGCCGUUUAUCAUAGCGCUUUCGGGGGCGAUGUUGCUUCUUUGGAAUUUUCUUCCGAGAAUUCCAAGAGAUAGCAGUGCAUCGUCUAACAAUAACCGUGGGGCUUGCUAG